AUGAAACGCCUGUUCGGCGCCAAGCGCGCGGCGGCGCCGGCGCGCACGCUCGACGCGACGUCGGCGUCGAUCGGGGCGCGGUGCGACGCGAUCGAUGGGAAGAUCGACGCGCUCGAUCGCGAGCUGGCGCGACAUCGCGCGGCGAUCGCGCGCGCGCGUCCGGGGGCGGCACGAGAGGCGGCGAAGCGCCGGGCGUUGGUGAUUCUGAAACAGAGGAAGCUGUACGAGACGCAGCGGGAACAGCUGUACGGACAGCGGUUUAAUGUGGAGCAAAUGGCGUUCGCGAAUGAAAACGCGAAGGACGCGGUGGACACGGUGAAGGCGAUGAAGGCGGCGGCGAAGGAGUUGAAGACGCAGUUCAAGGCGAAGGAAUUUGAUUUGGGGGAGAUUGAUGCGUUGAACGACGACAUGGCGGAUCUGUUGGAUCUCGGACGGGAGAUUCAGGAGUCGCUCGGGAGGAGUUACGACGUCCCGGACGGCUUGGACGAGGACGACUUGCUCGAGGAGCUGGACGCGCUCGAGUUGGACAUGUUGGAGGAGGACGCGGCGCUCGAGGGUGGGGUGCCGAGCUAUCUGCAGGAUGACGCCCUACCAGAGGCGCCCGACGAAGAGCCCGUCGUCUUGCCCGAGGCGGGCGAGGGUAAGGGCGAGAGCGAGACGACGCCGGCUGUGAGGGACGCGGCGUGA